CGUUCGCUCAGAGACUGACCAAGUAGCCCUUCACAUAUGGCCCGCACCAAGCAGACCGCUCGCAAGUCCACCGGAGGCAAGGCGCCCCGCAAGCAGCUUGCCACUAAGGCCGCUCGUAAGACGCCAGCUACCGGCGGUGUGAAGAAGCCUCACCGCUACCGCCCCGGAACCGUGGCGUUGCGCGAGAUUCGCAAGUACCAGAAGUCCACCGAGCUGCUCAUCCGCAAGCUGCCGUUCCAGCGCCUGGUCCGUGAGAUUGCUCAGGACUUCAAGACCGACCUGCGCUUCCAGAGCCAGGCCGUUCUGGCGCUGCAGGAGGCCGCGGAGGCGUACCUGGUGGGCCUGUUUGAGGACACCAACCUGUGCGCCAUCCACGCCAAGCGCGUGACCAUCAUGCCCAAAGACAUUCAGCUGGCCCGCCGCGUUCGUGGCGAGCGCGCCUAAGCAGCCGGUGCAGCGGGCAGCUGUGGCGCGGCGGGGCGUGCGCUGCGUGCUGGGGGUGCCGCGUACGCGGCGGGGCGUGAGCUCCGUGCUUCAAGCUCCAGGCACCCAGGACAACAAAACCCGGUGUUUCUCAACACCACCAGGCCGCGCGGGAUGCAUGUGCGGGGGCGGGUGGGCUGCUGUGGGAUGCGGCAAGGGUGGGCUGCUACGGGAUGCAGGUCGAGGCAAGGCCGCGAGGGUGUGAGUGUUGGCAUGUUGGGACACAUACCAGACACGCGUGCGCCCACAUACGUGCGUGGUGACGACUUGACAGGGCUUAAGUGAGCGGUAGAGCAAGCCAAGAAUGAGGAUGUUGCAGAGGGAACAGUCCCAGCACCCGAAGACGACGAGCCAUCACAUGCU